AGAUAGGUUUAGUUAUAUUGGGGUGAAUCGGGCGGACAUUCGAUGGCCUGUAGCAAGCCUAGCUCGGGGUUUCGUUAAAUUCUCGCUUCCGUCGCUGACAAUGGGACGAGCCGACUAACUUUUCAUUACUUUGUAAGAUAUUCUUAUGGAGGGCAGUAUAAAAGCUGGUCUUUGUUUUCCCAACAGAGUUCUCAUCCUCCCCAAGAACAACCCGGACAGCUCAGUGGUCGUUGUCGCGUUCCCCUUAGAGCCCCGGAGGAAGGUAGGAGAGAGCACGAGAGGUGAAGGAGAAGAGGUUGCGAGGUGUGUCGCUUUUCUUCAGUUCUCGAAAAUUUGGAUCUUUUUUUUACUGGCAUUUGGUCGCAUUUGGGCUGGCAGGUUUGGGGAGAUCGGUUUGGACUUUUUUAUGAUCUUGGUUUCUCUAAAGUUUGCAUUUUGGCGUGGAUUUUCUGAAAAAAGUGGGAUCUUGGGGGGUUCUUCAACAAAAAGUUGAGAUUUUUGGGGGAAGGGUUCGCCAUUUGGCGUCUUAGAAUGUGGUGCUGAGUUUUUGUUUGAAGAUUUGGGUUUAGUUCAGUUUUGGGUCCUUGAAAUCUUCGACAAUGGAGUUGUAGUCAGGAAAAAGACAGCUUGAAUAUUUGGAUCUCAUCCAGAAAGUUUGAUUUCAUGAGUUUUUGGACUGUUCCCGAUCGGGCCUUGUGGGAAAAAGAGGGGAUUUUUUUUUUUUGAGCUUUUAGAAAUUUUUGAUUCCUGCACUGAUUUGGAUUAUAUUUGUAAAGGGAGGUAUAUUUAGAAGUUUGAUUAGAUGCCGUAAAGUAUUGAGGAUCUCUGGGUGCUGCUCAUUUUUUGAUCUUGUGAAAAGGAGGAAGCUUUGGAGUUUCUUUCUUUGUAAAAUGGGAGGAUUUUGAUUUUGGCCACGGUCUUUUGAGUUCUUUAGGAGUGCUUAUGGAUCAUUUGGGAUUUUACUUGAAGGGGAGGAAGUAGGGGCUGAAACUUGGUGGAUUAUGGCCUCCUUUCCUAUACUCUCUCCAUCAGUGCUCCCACCAUUGCCGCCUGCCUUCGCUCCACCACCGCCUUCUUCCACUUCUCGUCCUCCUGCUGGUUCUCCACCACCGAUUUUUCUACCCAAUGUCACCUCUGAACCACCGACAUCAUCAAAUGCACCACCUCCGGCGACUUCCCCUCCCCCUCCGCCUGCCUCUUCUCCACCACCGCCUUCUUCCACUUCUCAUCCUCCUGCUGGUUCUCCACCACCGAAUUUUCUACACAAUAUCACCUCUGAACCACCGACAUCAUCGAAUGCACCACCUCUGGCGACUUCCCCUCCCCCUGCUUCCACUGCCCCUCCACCUUCCCCUCUUCCUUCGCCGCCGCCAUCUCUUCCAUCUUCCCCACCGCCAGCUUCCCCUCCACCUGCAGCCUCACCACCCCCGCCUGCUGCCACUUCCCCUCCACCUGCAGCCUCACCACCCCCACCUGCUGCCACUUCCCCUCCACCUGCAGCCUCACCACCCCUACCUGCUGCCGCUUCCCCUCCACCUACUGCUGCUUCCCCUCCACCUGCUGCCGCUACUCCGCCGCCACCGAUAGCAUCGUCUCCUCCACCUCCUGCUUCUUCCCCACCUCCGACAAUAUCUCCUCCGCCACCUGCAGCUUCCCCUCCACCAACUUCCUUACCUUCAUCUCCUCCACUAACUCCUAAUUCACCUCCACCAUCUUCCGGCCCUCCACCUGAAAUUGUCCCGCCACCAUCGCCUUCCAGGUCUCAACCACAACCGCCGCCAUCGGAUUCAUCUCCACCAUCCCCAUUGGCUAAACCACCCGAGAGUUCACCUUCACCACCAGUUCAACAGUCACCUCCUCCUUCUGGACCCCCAAACCCACGUUCUGAUCCAUCAGCACCACCACCUAAAGGCCGACCACCUUCUACUCCUUCUCCCUCUUCUCUCCCUUUUCCUCCUCCAGACAUUUCUUCUAGUGAUGCAAGCCCAUCUACCCCGGCUUCACCCUCUCUUCCCGCUCCUCCUGGUAGUUUACACUUACACCCUCCUACUAUGCCAUUAGAGAAACCCAAUCCGAGUUCAUCACAAGGGGGUGGCAACUCUGGAGGAGGUGGUGGGAUUAAAGCUAGUACUGCAGUACCUAUUGCUGUGGUAUCCGCUCUUCUGAUACUUAGUUUAGUAGUAGCUACUAUGUGGUUCAUGAGGAAACGUAAAAAGAAGAUCGGUGGAUAUAACGCAGGGCUUGUCCGGCCUUCGCCAUUUGAAUCUUCAGAAAUGUCAGAUGCGUCCCAUCCAAGAUCCCCAUCAGCUCCUCUAGUAUAUCACCAUCGUACUGGAAGUCAAGGAGCAUUCAUAAAUUCACCAUCUGAAGCAGGGUUGGGCAAUUCAAAAUCAUUUUUCACAUAUAAAGAACUGUAUGAGAUAACCAAUGGCUUCUCGACCCAGAAUAUUUUAGGUGAAGGUGGAUUUGGUUGUGUUUACAAAGGAUGCUUACCAGAUGGAAGAGAAGUGGCUGUGAAACAACUCAGAGUUGGUGGUGGACAGGGCGAGCGCGAGUUCAAAGCUGAAGUUGAGAUUAUCAGUCGUGUGCACCACCGCCAUUUGGUUUCACUUGUAGGGUACUGCAUAGCAGAGAACCAAAGAUUGCUUGUCUAUGAUUAUGUGCCUAAUAAUACACUUCAUUAUAAUCUUCAUGAGGAAGGAAACCCGGUUAUGGAUUGGUCGACCAGGGUUAAGGUUGCAGCUGGUGCAGCUCGUGGAAUAGCAUACCUGCAUGAGGAUUGUCAUCCCCGGAUAAUUCAUAGAGAUAUAAAGUCCUCGAACAUUCUAUUGGAUAAUAGCUUUGAAGCUCAGGUUUCUGACUUUGGGCUCGCAAGGUUAGCUAUGGAUGCUUGUACACAUGUUACUACUCGUGUGAUGGGAACAUUUGGGUAUUUGGCUCCAGAGUAUGCAUCGACUGGCAAGUUGACUGAGAAAUCUGAUGUUUAUUCUUUUGGGGUUGUGCUCCUUGAGCUUAUUACCGGACGAAAACCUGUUGACUCAUCACAGCCUUUGGGUGAUGAGAGCCUUGUUGAGUGGGCACGACCGUUGCUGAGCCAUGCACUCGAAACUGGAGAUUUUGAAGAAUUACCUGAUCCUAGGCUUGAAAAGAACUAUAACCAAAGCGAGAUGUUUCGUAUGAUUGAAGCAGCUGCAGCAUGUGUCCGCCACUCAGCAGCAAUGAGGCCUCGAAUGAGCAAGGUUGUGAGAGCCCUUGAUAGCUUAGCUGACAUCGACCUUAACAAUGGUGUUAAACCGGGUCAAAGUGAACUCUUCAAUGCACCACAAUCAGCUGAAAUCAGACUAUUUCAGAGGAUGGCAUUUGGUAGCCAGGAUUACAGCACUGACUUCGGCCAAACUAGUUCCGGCCAAGCUAGUUGGAAGAGUCGAUCAGAGUUGUAAACAGGUUACUUUUUGGCCUUACCAUCAAGACUAAUUUCUUUUUCCUCUUUUUUCCUUUUUGUGUAGUUAUUCUUUUAUACAGAAAUAGGGAUCUUUGUCUCAUGGAUUUGUUCCCUAUUCUUUCUAUAGUGAAAUAAACUAUGGCUUUUAAAUUUUGAUUAAAGUUAGGAGGUGCCUUUAGUGCCUCUAUCUAUAA